GAGAUAUACUCGACCGUGUGAGAGUCUCUGGCUUUGAUGGAGUAAUGCGAGUGACUAUAAUUAUACUAAGACUACUGCCAACAAACGUGUCCCGAAUUUCGAAGUUCCUGUACCAUCUCAACGAAAACCUCCUCUUUGCUCCAUGACCGCACAUGCCUUGUGCGAUGGCACGCAAUCGGAGAGACCAUGAAGGCGUUGAGUUGGACAUCGAGGUUUUUGAUUGCGGUGUAUGUCGGACGGAGCUCGGGCCGCUUCGGCCAGGCGACUCGCUGGAAGGACAGAUCCUGCUCACGUCCAAGUCGGCGCUCUCCAUUACUCGAGUGGCGAUCCGCUUCAUAGGUCUGCAACGGGCAUUUGUAGUCCCCACGGAUCCGCACAUCCGCGAUCGCACUGGGUCUCGGUCUACCUGGACUUUCUUAGAUGUUACAUAUCCGGGCCAUAACGUUGAAGCUCUAGGUCCUCGGCGCACCUAUAGCUUCCCUUUUCAGUUUAUUAUGCCAGAAGCAAGCGGUAACGAGGAGCUGCCGAUACAUUGUCAACGCCUUCCUCCAUCAUUCAAUCGCCAAAAUUCCUAUUUCGAUAAAUUUGAUCUGGUCCCGAGACCGGAAGCUGCCGUCACGUACUUCUUGCGGGCCAUUGUCACUUUUCGAAAAUCUGAUGGAUUAGGAGUCGGCAAUCCAGUCACCGCUGAGGCAAAAAAGGACAUUGAUUUCCUGCCAUACACGGAAGUGCAACCGCCAACUCAUAUCUUAAGCUUCCCCGGAGAAUUCAUUACAAGAGUCGAACGGCAGCUACGGAAACAUCUGUUUGGACGUCGUCUCGGAACUCUGACGGUGGUUACCGAAGAACCGGACGCACUUGUUUACUGUUCUGAGAACGUCAACGUUACCACGGACAUUGUCCUCCGCAUAUUCUUUGACGCUGCUUCCUCUUCACUCCAUCCUUCACCUAAUUUCUCUUUCACUAUUUCGUCGCUGCUUCGUGCAAAGACGUACUACUCCGCGAACAGCCUCUCUUGUGUCCCCAAACAGACGUUACUGACCGACGACGGUCUCUUACGAUUGCACGACGACGUGCUAAAGGUGGGCGAAUCAAAGUACCAAAACCUCAAAUGGACGUCGCUGCCCCCAGAUGAUCAAGCCGAGAACUGGGCGGCACGCCAACCCGAUUCCUUAUCCCACUUCAACGGUAACACUUCAAUCAAGACUGAGCGCUCGGCUUCUAGCAAUGAAGUGUUCAGGACCUCUUCCACGUCUUCCUCGGCAGAGAAUGCCUCAGAGGGCAGAAACGAGAAUGGUACAUGGGUCACAUCUAUUCGUAUCCCCAUCAGCUCGGUACAGAGAUUGCAGCCAACUUUUUGCAGCAAAUUAGUCGCUAGAUUUUAUUCGAUUCCGCUACGGAUACGUAUUAAUGGUGCCUACGCCGAAAAGAUUGACUGCGAGGUUCCACUUCAGGUUGUUCAUACGCGCCGCAUGACAGAAACCAAUUUGGUUCCAGUACAGGAAGACGCAUCUCUGCAUUGCUUGGGACGGGUCGUAAUUCUUAGUCAAGGAGAUGAACUACCAGAAUAUAGUGCUUCCUAA